CUUUACGUUCAAAUUUUCGCGCCUAAAGUUCUGUCAGGAUUAACGGCUCCCUCGAAUGUUUAUCAUAAAAAAAUGACUAGAACAGACAUCUACUAACAGAAAAUUUGGAUUAUGACGAAAUCAUCGACAUCUUUAGUUCAACACCCAGACAACUUGUUUCGAACAGACAUCAGUCGUUUAAGGUUGAGCAUCAUGUCUCCUCUCAGCUGUGAUCUACACUGAGUUCAUGGCCUCUGAUGGGUCUCCAGUCAGAGAUGCUCGAGAGAAGCAGAAGAAGAAGAAGAAGAAAGCGGACCGGAGCGGGACGGACAGAGCUGAUGUGGAGGAGACAGACGCUCAGCUGGAGAUCCAGAGACUGACCGCAGCUGGACAUGCAGCGCUGCAGAGAGGAGACAAUAACGCAGCGCUGCAGAGCUUCAGGAGCGCAUUCAAGGCUGCCACUAAGCUCAGAGAGAAGAGACUGCAGCGGAGCUGUGCGUUUAAUCUGGGCGCGGCAUACGUGGAGGCGGGCGAGCCUCAGAAGGGGCUGGAUGUCCUGUCGCGCACACAGCCGGGCGAGAGAGGUGAGCGGAUCGCAGACCUGCAGUUUAACCUGGCCACGGCCCACGAGGCUCUGGGGGACCGAACGCAGGCGGUGAGACACUAUCUGCAGGCCGCGCAGCUGUACCGAUCGCAGGGAGACGCCGCAGUCGAGGGAGACACGUGCGUCAGACUCGCACACUGCCAUCUGCUGGGAAAGGAGUGGGACGAGGCUGCAGCGAGUUUCCAGCGAGCCGCUGAGAGUUAUAAACUAGCGGGAAACGCGUCUGCAGCUGCGCUGGCACUGAAGGAUGCUGGGAAACACAUGCUGCAGAGCGGCCGCAGCUCCAGCGAUGACAUCAUCAGCGUGCUGACCGACAGCCUGGAGAUGAGCAGCGGCAUAAGCGAUCAGCAGACGCUAGGGAAGCUGCUGAGUGACGUGGCUCUGAGUUUCUCUCAGAUGAGGCUGUUCUCCGAGGCGUCUGAGUGUUACGAGCAGGCCCUUCCUCUGGUCUCCUCCAAACCGCACAGACUGGCUGUGGUUCUGCAGAAUCUGGGAGCUGUCUAUAAUAGUUUGGGUCAGUACCAGCAGUCCCUGAGAUACCACAGAGAGGCAGCGGCGCUCCACGGCUCUCUAGGCAGUCGUGGAGCUCAGGGUCGCUGCUUCAGUAAUCUGGGAUUCGCUCUGGUGGAGCUGGGAGAGCUGGAGGAGGCGUGGGAGAGUUACCUACACGCACAACAGGCCUUCAGAGACACCGAUGACCCGUCUGGUCAGUGGCAGGCCUGCGAGGGUCUUGGUGGGAUUAAGCUACAGAUGAGAGACCCGGAUAAAGCCGCCACGUACUAUAAAGAUGCUCUUCAACUGCUGUGCAAAUGCCAGGACGUGUCUGGUUCAGUGCAGGAGCGUCUGGUCAGUGAACUGAGUGAAGCGUUGCAGCAGAAGCUGCUCCUACAGCAGAGAGGACCAACAUCACAGCGAACCGUCCCAGAGCGACAUCGCAACCGACGACAGCCACGGACGACGGCUGUGAGGUCUGACGUCCAGCAGUGGAGGAGAGAGAUGCCGAACGGAGAGAACGCACCCCACGGGAAGCAGCACAGCCAAACCAUUACCUCAUCAGAGACACACCUGCGGCAGGAACAAGAACAAGCUGGUCAUCACAACACACUCCCAGAGGCCAACAGGAAUCUGAAUAACACGUAUGAUAAAGCAGAGGUGAAUCAGCAGAUCCUGCCAUCAGAGUCCUCCGGAUCAGCAGCACACGGUGAUGUGUGUGCUGAAUCUGUGAAGCCGAAGCCGGUGCAGAUGAACGGCAGACACCCAUUGGUCAGGAGCACAGUGACUCCACCCCUCACUCAGCCUGACAGCAAUGAGGCCACGCCCCUAAUGAGGAGACUGAAGUCCAGAUUCUGCACGGUCAUGUGACAUAAAGGAUAAUAUCUCCAUAGAGAUGAGGUUUUCUAGUGUUUUAGGAAUUGUGUUUGCCAUGGCGACGCUUCCAGACUGCAAACACAAGCAUUCAAGAUUAAAGAUGGAGAGGAGCUGCACCUGCAUUAGUGGACAUCACCUGUCUGAAUGUAUUUUCUAUUAAAAUGAGAUAUUUUAAAGGGUGGAUGAGACGCCCUGAAGUCUUGGGAUGCCAACUGUGUGAUCAUAAAUCAUGUAUUAUUUCAUGCAGUAUUUCUGGAUUUCAGCAGGACAAACGUCUUCUCAUUAUUGUCUCAUUUCAGUCUCAUUAAACUUUCAUCCACUUUGAAUCCACCUGCCUUUACAAUAUUAAAGCACCUGCUGCACUGAUAAUAUCAAAAUAAAUUUUAUA